GUUGAAUUUUACACAGGCACCAUCUCGGACGACUUUAAGAACUGAGGGUCCUUCCAUCAUAAUCAAAACACGUUCCAAGCAUGGAGGAAAAGUAGUCGUAGCUAUCGUUUGUACUUCUUUUUAACAGAAUACAGGGUGUUAAUUGCCUGAAUAAGAAAGACCAUGGGGCGAUCCUCGAAGGAUAAACGAGACAUAUACUACAGACAGGCGAAAGAGGAAGGCUGGCGAGCAAGGAGUGCAUUCAAACUGUUGCAGCUGGAUGAAGAGUAUAAUCUUUUUGAAGGAGUGACCCGUGCUGUAGAUCUGUGUGCCGCCCCAGGAAGCUGGAGUCAGGUGCUUGCUCGUAAGCUCCGGACCAAAGAAAAAAAAGAGCAUGUGAAGAUUGUUGCAGUGGACCUCCAGGCCAUGGCGCCUCUACCAGGAGUCACACAGAUUCAAGGAGACAUCACUAAGUUAUCCACAGCUGAAGAGAUCAUCAAGCACUUUGAGGGUCAGUCUGCAGAUCUGGUCGUGUGUGAUGGAGCACCAGAUGUGACCGGACUCCAUGAUGUGGACGAGUACAUCCAGGCACAGCUUCUGCUUGCAGCUCUCAACAUCACCACACAUGUUCUCAAGAAGGGUGGAACAUUUGUUGCUAAGAUCUUCCGGGGGAAGGAUGUGACCUUGCUGUACUCCCAGCUGAGGAUCUUCUUUAGUCGGGUCACCUGCGCCAAGCCUCGCAGCAGCCGAAACUCCAGCAUAGAGGCGUUUGUGGUGUGCCGAAACUACUCCCCACCGGAAGGCUACGUCCCCAACAUGUCCAAUCCUCUCUUGGACCAUUCCUAUGAUGUAGACUUUAACCAGCUGGAGGGCUCAAACCGGAUCAUCGUUCCUUUCCUCGCCUGCGGCGACCUGAGUGGCUUUGAUUCAGACCGCACCUACCCUCUGCAGCUGGAUUCCAGUAAAGAGUACAGCUACACGCCUCCUACUCAGCCCCCCAUCCAUCCACCGUACGAACAGGCCUGUUUCCUGCGCAAGAACAACCUGCUGGCCAAAGAGGAUGCCCCAGCGGCGCCGUUGGACCACACUCUCUCUGCCAUGCAACUGUCAGCCGGCGAGGAGGUAGACCAGCAACCCUCAACGUCAGCUGACCAGAGAGAAAGCCAAGGCACCAAUGUCACUGAUCUCCCGACUCCCACUGAAAAGUGAUCCGAUUUAAUAAGGACUGAUCACGAGUUAUGGGUCAUUUCCAAAACACACACAAUCACCGAUUCAUGAUCGAAAUAGGUCUUUGUCAAUCACAUUUUAACAAUUAUAAGAUAUUGAUUUGUUUUCGUUUGUAAAAUAAAGUGUCAUACUGCUAUUUUAA